ACUUGGAGUAAUAAUUACUGCUACUCUAGUGUAUUAUUGUAUCCACAGUGAUCACGACAUGUGCGCUCCUCUGGUCUGUGUGGUAGAAGUACCAUAGACACGCUAUCAGGCUUCACUACAAACUCCCUUCACCGCCGACGGACCGCGAAUUGCGACAUCUUCACAGGGCGGCAGAAAAAAAGAUUCCUGGAUCUACUUAUUGUUGCCCCGCCGCCUUUCUCCCCCUCAUUUCUUCCCCCAGAUUGUCUGCCAUUUUUUAUUAUUCUCUUCGACUUGAAGUUUCCCUUCGUUUUGACGAUACCCCACUAGACUAUCUCGCAUCAUGGCUGAGUCUCAGCAGGUUGUUGCUAACGGUAACAAUGACCAUUUGGUCCAAUCUGAAGACCCCCAGCACCCGGCCAACUUGAUCCCGGAGCUAUGCCGCAAGUUCUAUAACUGGGGUUGGGUAACUGGUACCGGCGGUGGUGCCUCGAUCCGCAAAGAUGACCACAUCUUCAUUGCUCCGUCUGGCGUGCAGAAGGAGCUGAUCCAGCCGCACAACAUCUUCGUCCUUCAGUAUCCCACUCCCAAAUACCCUCCGUCCGAUCGCAAAUACAUCCGCAAGCCUCUCGACCUGAAGCCCUCUGCCUGUACGCCUCUCUUCCUGGCUGCGUUUGAGCGCGGCGCGGGCUGCUGCAUCCACACACACUCGCAGUGGGCAGUGCUGGUGACGCUCCUGGUCGAACGGGAGAAGGGCCCUAACGGUCAGUUCGAGAUUAGCAACAUUGAACAGAUCAAGGGUAUCCCACGGGGUAAGGGCAAGGGCAUGCUGGGUUUCUUUGACACCCUCAAGAUCCCCAUUAUUGAGAAUACUGCCUUCGAGGAAGACCUCACUGGAAGUCUGGAAAAGGCUAUGGAGGAGUAUCCCGACACAUAUGCGGUGCUUGUGAGGAGACAUGGAAUUUACGUCUGGGGAGACGAUGUCGCCAAGGCGAAGACCCAGUGUGAGAGUUUGGACUAUCUCUUCCAGCUUGCGGUGGAGAUGCACAAGCUUGGAAUCCCAUGGGUCAAGGAAGCAUCUUCGUAAGGUUAGGAAAUUCCUCUUGCAGGUACUCCAGGUCCUUACUCUGUGGGCUCCUGAGUUGCUUUUCUGACGAUGAUGGUUUGAUGCUUGAUAUGAAAAUUGUUGCGUAUAUGUCGCUAUGACAGAAGACAACAUGUUUUCACAUGCUCGUGCUGUAUUGGAAGGGGGUUGUUUUAUGGUAAGGCGUCAAGUAACCAUUUAUUGGUGAUUUCUGUUUCUCAGCAGGCGGCUGGAAUAUAUUUGAAUAGCUAAUUGUCUUCCAUCAAUCGCACAUGUAUUGCUGGGCAUAAAAUAAAUUGAUUGAUUUUUCCACCCUUAGUAGAAAGAUACAUCUGAAAAAUGAAUCCUGUAACAAGAAACCAACUCGAGUUGUAAAACGGUGCCUGGUGUAUAGACCAGAGG